GCGACGGCCACGCACGGUUGGCUCUCUCCAGCUCGCGCGCCGCCUGUUGCUCUGUGCUCCGGGCCGGCCGGCCGUUUCCCGCCGGGGAGGUGGGCGGACCGCGAGAGCCAGCGCGUGGGACGCCUCCCGCCCUUCCUCUCCUCCCGGCGCAAGGCGAUCCAGGGGUCCCUGGGCGUCCCCGACAGCGCGGACGCCCCCAGCUCCCGGCGCGUCCCGGCUGCGCGCUCAGACCCCGGGCGCCGCGCCGCGAUGAACGUGAGCUUCCUGAACCACAGCGGCCUGGAAGAGUUGGGUGGUGACGCCCGAGCGGCCCUGGGAAACCGCAGCCACGGGCUGGGCACGUGGCUAGACUGCUGCCCCGGGGGCGCACCGCUGACGGCCAGCGACGGGGUCCCCGCGGGACUGGCGCCGGACGAACGCAGCCUGUGGGUGUCGCGCGUGGCGCAGAUCGCCGUGCUCUGCGUGCUGUCGCUCACCGUGGUCUUUGGCGUCUUCUUCCUGGGCUGCAACCUGCUCAUCAAGUCCGAGAGCAUGAUCAACUUUCUGAUGCAGGAGCGCAGGCCCUCCAAGGACGUGGGCGUCGCCAUCCUGGGACUGUACUGAGCGCCGGCCGCCCUCGCCAGGGUCGCGGCGCCCCACCGCAAGGAAGGGGACCGCAGAGACCCCUCU